AUGCCAGAAUCCUCCUCUGAUGUCAAGGACGUUUGCAGCAGCUCUGUUUUAUGUCCAACACCCUCAAAAAUGGGCCACAUGACCCAGUCACCGCUGCCCCUGCACAGGAACUCUUACAUACUCACAAACUUCUGUACUGAGCACAACCUGCAAGAAUGUGUAACGCAUAUCAAUCAGGAAUUGGUAUCACUCUGUCUUUCACCGGUUUGGACGCAGUCAGAUGGCAACUUGGAUGUGAAUGUCAUCCCUGUGCUCAACUGCAUUUAUGAACUGCUACAACUGCACCGCAAGGGUCUCCAAACACUGGAGAACAUGGAGAAGGAGCAGUUGAAGUUGGGCAACAAUGUAGACUCCCUGCAGCUUACCAGCACACGACUAAAGGACCAGCUAGAAAUUGCCAAAAGAGAGAACACGGGACUUUUUGAGCGGGAACGCCAGCUACAGCUGAAAGUGAAGAGCUUGCAGAACUCCCUGAAAAAUGAAAAGGAAGAGAUUCACAAGCUGCAAAACAUUAUCUCCAGCCGGGCCAGCCAGUACAAUCACGAGAUGAAGAGGAAAGAGCGAGAGUUUAACAAACUGAAAGAGAAACUGAAUCAGCUCCUGGUUGACAAAAAGGAGAAGAGACUUGCCAUUGACAUAGUAAACAAACUAGGAAGAGCUGACGGGAAAAGAAGCGUCUGGAAAACUGAGAAGACAGAAGCAAAGCAUGAGGGGGAGAUGUACACCACUCUGCUCAAGGAUCACGAGAACACGCAGAGGGAGCUACUCCUGGAAAAUGCUGAGUUGAGAAAGGUUUUGAAACAGAUGAAAAAAGACAUGGUGGUCAUUCUCAGUUCCAGGAAGUCGACUGGCAAAGGAGAAACACAGGACAACGGUGCCAUAGAAAUUGACUCUAAUGAGGAGGAAGAAGUGCUCGAUUCCUGUAAGGAGAGCUCGGAGCUCUUUAGUGUUCACACUCGGGAGAAGCUGACCAACAGUGUUCGACGUCAGUGGCGAAGACUAAAAAACCACGUUGAGAAGCUGGACAACCGAGCCUCGACAGAUGAAAGUGAAGACGCUGAAACCAUUCCCCGACAAACAUCGAAAGAAAUGGGCAAACUAAAGCUCGAAGUGCGGCAGUGUAAAGACUACAUUUUGAAACAGCAAAGUCUCCUGCAGAGGCUGAGUUGUCAGAGUGAGGACACGACAUCCGCCGUGCUGGGUGACUCCCACAUUUCGCAGGAAAAGGAUCGUCUCCGGGACGAGUGGAAGAACCUCGAGGACCAGAGGAAGUGCUUUGAGAGGGAGAGGAGGAACUUUACAGAGGCAGCAAUUCGACUAAGCCAAGAGAGAAAGUCUUUCGAGGAAGAUCGCGCUAUGUGGCUCAAACACCAGUUUUCAAACUUGAGCCCUUUUGCUGACUCCAAGAAAUCACAGAGGUCAAAGUCUCAAUGUGCCUUUCAGAUAUUAACUGAAGCUAAGCCCAGUAGCACAUCGCUUCCAGAAAAGCCCAUCACCUCCCCCACCCUGGGAAGCACACCAAGCGGAUCACCCUCUUUGUCUGACCGCCUUCACAAAUUUAGCGUUAUCUGUGAAAACAGCUCGACCAAACCAAAUAGGAGCGAAGACGCGGGAGAUGCCAGCUUCUUGGCAGAACAGCACAAAUGUUGGAUCAGCGGGGACGACCACAGCACUCUCAAGCUUGGUGGGGACAAGAACAGCUCCGUUUGA